AUGAGUAAAUUUACAACACUUGGACUGUUUAAUGAUGAAAUCAACAAUAUAAGCUACAAUGAUCGUUUUUAUAAUAGUAAUGCAUUAAUAGACCCAAAAAACAUCCCUAAUAAAGUUUGCAAUAGUAAUAACAAUCCAGCUCAAAAUCACAAUAAAACAAAUAGUAUAGAAAGCAUCCGAGAAUCUGAACAUCUUGAUGAUGAUGAAAAUAAUAUAGAUGAUAACUCCGUAGGUAGUUUUGAGAAGAUAUGUAGUAUUUUAUGGUCAUUUUGUCCUACAGUAUCACCAAUUUUAUGGCAAUUAGGUUUAAUAUUUAUGUAUAUUUAUCUUAUUGAAAGGUUUAUACAUGAGAGGUCAUCAACAUUAGAACUUACAUAUUCAGUUUAUUUAGACCAAUAUAAAUGUGUCGGAAUAAUUUUAGGAAUAGAUAUAUUGGUAUUAUUAAUAGUAUUAUUAAUAAGAUCUACGCUAUUGAAUACCAUUUUUCAAAUAUUAUUUCCAGAAGGAAGAUUUACUAUUGCCUUUAAAAGUAUUUUAGAUCCAGAUAUUUUUUUGUUGAUUUGGUGUUGUACAAUGGUUAUUAUUUGGAUUUCUCAAUUAAAAAACUCGAAAGAAAGCUAUAAUUUUUCAUUUUUUUUAGCAUUUAAAAUGAAUUCAUUAACAAGGGAUAUUGUAGUUAUGUCACAUAAUAUAAUGUUUAUACUGGCAUUAAGAAAUUUAAUAUUAAAUAUUAUAAUGUUUUAUUUUUCAGCUGGAUUCUUAUUGAAUAUGAACCCUCAAGUUGUGAAUUUUUUAACUUUUUAUUCUUAUAUUAGGAAACUGAACUCAAUAUGGUCUGGUUUAUCUAGUAACUUUAUUCGUGACUCAUCUAUUCCAGUCAAACAAUCCUUGAAUCCAUCCCAAGGAAUUAACAAGUUACCACAAAUGUUAAAAUCAAAAGCAAUAGAGAGAACUAAAACUUGUAGAAUACAUAAUUGGCUUGCUUUACAGUUAAUCAAACAAAAUCCUGUAACUGUUAUGGUAAAUAAUACAAGACAUGAAUUACUUUCAAAAAAAGAUACUCAUGAAUUUGCAAAGUUGCUAUUUUGGGAUAUAGUUCACAAUACAGACAAUAUAAUAAGUUGGAAUAGUGAAUUUAUAAAGUUUAAAAGAAAUGAAUUUUCGAAAAAUAUGUCUAAUAUUAAUAAUUUAGAUUGUAAUCUUGAGUCAGUUAUUGUUCGCGAUAACCCUACUUGUAGUGACCAAUUUAUGGGUAAUUCUACAACAUUACCUUUAAAUAUAAAUGAACAAUCGAUUUAUCCUAAUUCUCCUAGUAUGGAUAAUAUAUAUGAUAUUACUACAAAUCCAAAUGAAAUUACAACAGCUUCAACAAAUACUAUAAAAACUCCCCAGCCCUAUACUCCUUCAAUAUAUGCAUCAUCUAUAUCUUCUUUAUCAUCACUGCUAUUUGCAGAUAAUAAUUCAAACGAGGAAGGAGCUAUAAAUACUUAUAGAUUUAAUAGUGAAAAUUACUUAUCUCCUGUUAGUUCAAAUGGAAUUCAAAGUAAAGAAAUCAACUGCAAUAUGUUUCUGUCAUCUAAAAUACCUAAGAAACAACUCCAUAGAUACAUUACUAAGGAGGUACUUGAAGUCUUAUUUCCUAACGAUCAUGAGAUAUUCAUGAAGCUUUUUAAUAUAGAUGGUCAUGAGAAAAUAACAGAGAGUGCAUUUAUCAGAGGUUUUGUAUCUACAUAUGAGCAAAGGAAAAAGCUUAUUAGUAAUAUUGAUGGUCAAAGAGGAAUUACCAAUGUUUUAAGGAGAAUGUUAUCUGUAUUUUUGUGGUUCUUCACGAUUGUUAUUACUUUAAUAGUAAUAGGAGUCAAUAUCAACACUAUCUUUAUAUCUGGAGCAGCAUUAUUGACUACUGUAGCUAUAUCACUGAGUCAUAUGUAUAGCAGUUUUUUUACUUCAGUUAUUUUUAUAGUAUUUCAAAAUCCUUAUAAUAUUGGAGAUCGUAUUCGUAUCAAUAAUGAUAGAGCAAUGUAUGUUAGAAAAAUUGGAACAUAUUGCACAGUAUUCUCCACAUUACAUGACCAGCCUGUUACAUAUCCCCAUACUUGGCUAGCAGAGCAAGCAAUUUAUAAUGAGGGAAGAUGUCACCAAGCUACUCUUGAGAUUGUAUUUCGUAUAUCUUCUGAAGCUAGUCCAUUUGCAAUCCAGAACUUCAAAAAGGAAAUGGAGACUUAUGUAAACAAUAGACCAAUGGAAUUCGUAAAAGAUUCGCUUUUUUUUUAUUGCUACUCAAUACAACCAGGACACUAUGCUGAAGUUGCAGUUUGGGUAACUCAUGUGGAGCCUUGGAGUAACAGUAGACCACUUUGGGAAUCUCGUACAAAACUAAAUUUUUUUAUUCUCAAUACUUUAAAAAAGCAAGGAGUUAAUUAUAUGCAACCAGUAUUACCUAUUUCUGUGGGCGAAAAAUAUUGA